AGCCAUCUUGGUCCUGCAGUUCCAAGAGGACAGGGUUGCUACCACUAGUUCAGUGGGAACCUACGCUGGAUCUCUUGACAGAGGGAAGAAGAUGAAUUCUGUCACUCUGUGUGCAAGAUUUCAACUGUUUAUUCUUCAUGGCUGGGCGACAUUUUUCCACUUGCAAGACACAGAGGGAAAGACAGUUAUGAUGCUUGUUGGAGAAUUAUGGGUAGAGCGGGUUAGGCCUGUUAUAGCCAGAAACUGGAAUUUCCAGUUACUUAAACAGCAGCUGAGGAUGUACAGGUGGUAUCACAUAUGUUUCACCUACGACCAUUCAGCACAACUGAUAACAACAUAUAUAGAUGGGAAGCUUAACAACUAUCAAGCAUACAACGUUGGACGUCCUGUCUUUGGAGACAAAGCAACCGUUGGACAAGGAGAUAACAAGGAAAGGAGUUUUAGUGGAAAAUUAAGUCAGGUAAACAUAUGGGACAGAGCUCUAGAUAUGGAAGAGAUAAGAAGUAUCAGUACUUGUCAGUUAGACCUCCAAGGGAAUUAUAUCUCUUGGGAUACUGGCUGGGUCUUGGAAAAGGUAUCCAGUUACGAAUCCCCUUUGGAAGAUUUCUGCCAUGAAGAUAAAAGCCACUCUCGCUUUUGGUUUCCUCAACUAUCAUUUGACACUGCUCAGUACUUGUGUGAAGCUCUGGGUGCUAUGUUACCACGAGUAACUGUCCUGAAGGAUGUCAUUGCCUUGAGUGAGGAGGCAAAUAAGACUUUUCCAGAUUCAACUGCCUGUUCUUUUGAAUACUGGACGUCUUUAUCAGAUAAAGAAGAAGAGGGUAUUUGGAGAUACGGUAAUUUAGAAAAACUAGACAACCCUCUUUGGAUGGGACAAGAACCAAAUGGAUUACAUUAUGAGAAUUGCGCUGUCUUGACCACUCAAGGACUGGCAGAUAUCGAUUGCAAAGUAGACAGAAAGUGUGUUGUAUGUUCAUUCUCUGAAAUGCCUAGGUUCUCAUUGCUAGGGUCUUGUGAAACAGAACUUCGAAACAUCUAUUUCAUCCCGUAUCAGAAACAUCUGGUGAAGUUCAUUUCAUGGGUUAUGGCGCUUACAAUAUCAGAAGGGAAAAUGACCGCUGGAUUUGGGUGGAUGAUGUCAAGAUUGACGAUUGCCAUAAUGGAAAAGACAGAACCAGAUUUCCCAAUGGGAAGGAGAUGGUGGCUACUCAAAAGUCCUGUGUGCCAACAAGAUCAAGGGGAAAGGCAUCGUCUCCUGCUAACCCCAUGUGAUGCGAAUGAGUUCACUUGUGAUGAUGGAAGCUGCAUAGCUCACCACAAGAGAUGUGACCUCAAGUAUGAUUGCCGCGACAACAGUGAUGAAGCAGCAUGUGUGAUGAUUGAUAAGCCGACUGGAUACCAACGCCAUCUCCCUCCAAGAUCAACUGAGUUCGAAGAUUCCUCUCUUCAACUGACUCUGUCUGUCAGGGUUGGAAAUUUGUUUGUGAAAACCAUGGAUAUGGCCAUUGAUGUCUCCUUUGAACUUGAGGUCACAUGGAAGGACAGUAGACUUCGGUAUCUAGAUCUCAAAGUCAAUAGUACUCUGAAUAUUCUACCACUUGAAGUCAUGAAGACUCUUUGGACCCCCCAAGUCACUUUUGUCAACACAAUAGGUAACCAACACACUCAUGUGGAUGAAUACACAACCUUGGUUAUUACGCGGAUUUCUGACAAAAAACAACGAGAUGAAAAGGCCCCAGCUGAAGUGGAUGUCUAUUCUGGGACUCUGAACAGCCUAUCCAUCAAAAGGAAGUAUGAUCUCACAUUCACCUGUAGCUUAAAGCUUAAGUUUUAUCCUUUUGAUUUUCAAGAGUGCUCUAUGCACUUCAAGGUGACUUCAGCUCCAAAGAAUUUUUUGCACUUCGACCCAGUGAAUUCUUCUGCUAGGUACUUUGGCGAGCGACAUUCAACUGAAUAUUAUGUGGGAAACCUGAAACUGAAGCCUGAUGAAUCGGGAGUCUACAGUUCGAUGCAGAUACUGGUCCCACUCAGACGUCAAUCUGGAUACGCCAUCCUGAACAUCUACAUCCCGACCUUCGUGCUGCUGAUCAUAAGUUACAUCACCCUCUUCAUCAGGACAGAUAUGUUUGAUGUCAGGAUGAUGGGAGCUCUGACCGUGCAAUUGGUCAUUGCAACAUUGUUUUCUCAGGUAUCGGAGUCACUCCCAAAAACUUCAUACUUUAAGAUGGUUGACGUGUGGCUCCUGUUUUGCAUUGGGAUCACCUUUCUCAUCAUUAUCUUUCAUGCCAUCAUCGACAAUGCCAUCCACAAAAGGCCGAGCAAAGAAGGAGGGGAGACUUCAGCAAGUUCUAAGGUUGCAUGGAAACCCAUUCUGUCUAAGAGCAAAGCGUUUUGUGUCAUGGGAACCAGGGACAACGCCGGAGAACGACUGGUUAAAUAUUCAAAGAUUAUUGUAUUAAUUUCUUUCAUUUUCUUCAAUAUUGUAUACUGGGGGUAUACAUUAUCAUAGGGUCACCGGUGGUGUCUGGAAAGUAUUCAUGGGAGGUGCUUGAGAUAGUCCUAAUUUACUUUAAGAAUAUUCUAGCAAUUCACAUUUUGACUAAAGAUAGUGAAGCUGUUCCAGUUUGGAUCGAAGAUAAUGAAGUCAUUUUCAUCUAUCUUGGAUAUAGUCUGGCAGCUCUUCUCAGAACCGGUGAUAAUUCAGCAGUUUCAAGAUUGACUUAAGAAUGCCCACGGGUUUUCUACCUGGGGUAUGCCAAGGGUCUGCCAGGGGGUUAUGCACUCCCCAUGGCACUCGAAUGAAUGUUAGAUGCCGACCUCCAAUGUGCUUUAGCAAAAUCUGUUCCUCGGCCAACUAGGAUAGUUAAUGUAAACAGUUUCAGCCAUUUUAUUAACUAGCAUUGCAGCUGAUGUAGUAAUAAUGUUCUUUGGUUUUGUAGCUCAGUACCAUAACCUUCAAAAUUUGCUGCAUAACCAGAGGUAAAUAAUUUUAAAAAAUUGUCUUUUUUAUGGAAUUCUUUAUGUUUACAAUAUUAUUAGUCAUGUCAGGAGAGUUAUGUACUUAUUUCCCCUUGUACAGGUUUUCUGAGUUGGUUUUGGUUUCCAAGUUAUCCAAAAUGAACGGGGUACAUUACUGACAUUACAAAUACACGAAAGGGUAGGUGGGGAGGAAAAAGUUGAAAACUCCUGCUAGUAGUUCUGAUUAGGCUUUGAAAGGGUACAACAAUUUCCAUUUCAGUUCAAGAUAAUGUUAUGAGCAGUUGUAGUUAGGACUAGUUAGUUAAUUUGUCUGAAAGUAAAUUUCCACUGAUCUCUCAUUUCUUCCUUUGGGCAUUAAAAAAAAGUAAGGCUCUACCCUACUAUCCAAAAUGCAAGAAAAGUUUUCAUUUCUCCAGAUUCUCUGCAUUCCAGCGAAGAUGCAACUUCUUUCCUUAUGAUCUUUUAAGUCUAUGAAAACGCAAGCUGGCAGAA